AUGAACGACCACACCCAUACCAUCCAACAAACCAAACAUCGAAACAAUGCUCAACACAACAACAUCAACUGCAACAACAAAAUCAACAACAUCAACUGCAACAACAACAUUUACAACAGUAACUACAGCAACAUAAACAACAUUAACUACAACAACAUCAACAACAACAUCAGCUGCAACAACAACACACCAACUGCAACAGGAACGUUAGAAACAAAGCAUGCAUUGUUAUCGGAAACAGAAAUGACAACACAGACACGCAAAGAAGAAAAAGCAGACAUACAGAGAGCAGAGAAAGCAGAAACAGCUCAAACUGCGUGGGAGCCAAUGGGAGCCACAAGAAGAAAAAUGUUCAAGAUAGAUUGA